AUGCCUGGCAUCGCAGCAAGCACAGUUGCAGCAAGCCUCGGUGAUGUGUCACCACGGUGUCCUGACAGCAUCAUGGCAGGACCGUCCAGCGAGGCAUCUGGUUUUCCGGCCAUUGUGACGGGUGCCUCCGCUGGGACGCUUGGGGACAAGUACACCAGACAAGGCCAGAUGUUUGCAGUUGCAUUACCGCUUAGCAGCAUCAACCGGUAUGUGGACAAGGCGUGCGAGACGAGCCGGUGCCUCACGGAGGCGGAGGAAGUUUAUUACGCAGGCCACGUCGUUGAGUGCGCCGUCGAAACAGCUGAGAACGCUCGUUUUGACUUUCUGGCAUUUGUCUUGCAAACGACUGCUAUCAACAGUGCGCCGCAUGAAGUGAAGAUUACCGUUUGCGACUCAGUGGUAGAUCGAGCCAGCUGUUCGUGCAAAGCAGGAAACUACAAGUGCAAACACAUUGUUGCUGUACUGCUGCAUAUAAAUGCUGCCAAGACUUUUGACAAGCUGUCACCAACUGACCAGCCACAGAAGUGGGGCAAGGAGCACAAAGAGCGUGUAAAACAAAAGUAUGAGCCAAGAGCUAUAGUCGACCUUCCAUGUGCAAAAAAGGCAAAAAUCAAAAAGACCCCCCAGCUGGAAGGCAACGUACUUGAAAGACUUCUGCAGAAUGUGAGCCAUCAAUCUGCAGCAAAAAUGCACUUAGAAAGAGAUACUCAAUUAGAAACAGAAUCCACGUUGGACCCAGCUGUAGAUGCAGGAUGUUCCACUUCUGAGCCAGCACCUAAAGACUUAACACUCAUUGGUUCUGUGAAGGAGUUAAGGAGUGUUCUUGGGAUCAGCAGUGAAGUGACACCAGAAAUGCUGCUUCAACACUUACAGGAAAGCAAGAGUCGUGAAGACAUUAUAAUGAUUGAAAGGUUAACAAGAGAUCAGGCAAACUCUAGUCUCUGGAUGCGCCACAGGGUAGGCAUGAUCACAGCUUCUAUUGCCUACAGCAUAUUUACCCGUGUAAAGACAUUAAGGACAAAGAUGGGCCCACAUGAUCUGAGACCCUUGAUAAAAAAAGUGAUGAGGCAGAAUAAUGUCCGUACAGCAACAAUGUGUCGUGGCAGUACACUAGAAGGCAGUGCAAGAAAAUGCUACCAAAGCCAGCGAGCCAGUCAUGAGAACUUGGUUGUCAGGCAGUGUGGACUUUUCAUUAUGGAAGGCCGCCCUUACAUGGGUGCAAGUCCAGAUGGACUAGUAAAGUGCAACUGUUGUCCUGAGCGGGUACUGGAAAUCAAAUGCCCCAAGUCCAUGAAAAAAUUCUUGGAAGAGAAUAUGGAGAAGAACAAAGAAAAAGUUUUGACUCAAAACCUAAAGCGUGCAACCACAGAUUUUUGCCAAGUGCAGGUGCAAAUGGGCAUCACAGGAGUUCCGCAUGUAGAUUUGUUUGUAUUUGUCAAUGAGCAAGACAAUAUUUGCAUUACAGUGCCAUUUGAUGAGGCCUAUUUCAGUGAUGUAGUUGAAAGGUCUUCCUAUUUUUUUGAGCAGUACAUACUGCCACAUGUUCUUUCUACAUGAAAUGCUUUGCUUCUGUUGCACAUGCAAUUUUUAAUGCACUGCGCGUAACCAAACUGCAGCCUCCCUUUUUAAGCCACGAAAAUGACUGAUAUAUGAGGUUUAACAUUCCAACGUGACAAAAGUGUUAUUAGGGAUGGUGUAGGGGGCAGUUAUACAUCAAUAUUGGGUAUAUAAGCACCUUGCUAUUGCCUUUCUCGGUAGGAACGCAGCCGAGAAAUCAACCUGCGACCUCAUGUUCAGCAACAGAAUGCCAUUGCCACAGUUAACUCGAUACAUAAACCAUAAGAAAAGUUGCAUGUGCAAUCAUAGAAAAUACUCCUAGAUAGUUUGGACACAUCUGCAGUAUGAGGCUUUGUACUGAUGUACAGUGCAGUCCACUGUGAAAGGGAACACUCAGAUGUGGGGCCCUAACUUGUCUGGCAUCCUAGCUGCAAGUGGCUGUGGAGGCAAUGUCAAUGCACUGCACAGGUGUGUCAAAAGGAAUGAGAGCUACCAACUACAAGUUAUCUGCUCCAAGUCUAUGCGAUUUUACUAUUGCGAGAGAGGAAAAUCCAGACACGCUCUGCACUCAAGUGUUCCCUUUAACAGUGGGCUUCUCUGUACACUGAGCAAGAAAAUGCAAACACGGUAGCAGGCUGUAGCACACAAAAAAAUUGCAUUACCUGACCAUGCAAACCCAUUAUUGUGUAAACGGCCGAGUCAUGCAGUGGCUAGAGCAUUUUGUGAUGCAGCCUCAAACCAUAACAGACACUAAAAUGACAGAUUAGGAAUCGCAUGCAGUGCAGUUGUCUAUGUGGCAUUCUGUGCAUUUAAUUUUAGGUGACUGCAUUUUGUAAUGUGACUGUGAUACUGUCAAGAAAUAACUGUGAUAUAAAAAAGUCAUCCCGGGGAUAGUCACUUAUGGUUUAUGUUUUAUGCCCAGCUUUCUACAUGGGUAUUCAAUCAUACUUGUAUGUGAAUUUUGUGUUAACUCACACGGCUUUCAUUCAUACAACUAUGAUGAAGAAAAGUGCACAAAGGAAUUAUAAAGAUGUUCUCAUUUUUUGUGUACUGCUCAUGUGGUCAUGUUUGUGGGAUAUUUGGCCGAUACUGGGGUAGCCAGACAACUGUUGCACUGUACACUAGGUAUCUGUAGUUUUGUUUGGUUCAUUU